AUGAAUCGCACGGAUAAGUUUUUAGGCUUGGCUGCAGAGGAGGCGCAGCGUAGCGACAUGUACCACAAGCACGGGGCCGUGCUGGUCAAGGGCGGACACGUAGUCGCCAAGGGGCACAACUCUCGCCGCACUCGCCUUCACGGCGCCAACCACUGCUCCACCCACGCCGAAAUGAACGCCCUACGGAAGCGCAUCAAGGGCUGCGAUCUGUACGUGGUGCAGCUGGCGGUGGGCGAUGGAGAGGGUCUGAGCGACUCGCGGCCUUGCCACCUGUGCCUCGGGUGGCUGCGUACGUGCGGCGUCAAGCGGGUGUUCUUCAGCGUCAAGACAGCCAGGCACGGCGCUGCCGUCCAAUUGCCGCCUUCAAUCGCCGCACUAGGUCCUACCCGCUGGAUGAAGCAGGGUCAUCAGCAGCUGCCCCAGCCCUAG